AGAGGUUAAUUGGACAAAAAUUAAUCGUGACGUAAAUUUUUCUUCAUCGGCCGGUUGUUUUCGACUAUAUCAGACACGAUCGAUAAGACUCGGUGUGUUUAACGGUGUGCAGGUGCUAUGCCACCUUGGUAACGUUUCCCUCUCCGAAUCGCCGUUGUUUUUCUCUUUCUCCCUUUCUCUUUCACGCGUCAGGAGGAGACGAGAAUGUGAGGCUCGCGGAAUCAGAGUAGGGAGUUUGUUUGCGCGAUUCGGACGGUGGCGAGGAAAAAUUCAGUGUAGAAAAAAAAAACGUUUUAACUCGAUCAGUCUUGAGCCAUCUCCGAUGGUGUGAUAAAUUUUGUACAAGACCCAACGAAAUUGAAUAAAUCGUGAUUGAAAAUGUUGGACCGACCUUGUCUCGAUGCAAAAUGUGCAACGAAGAAUCCUUCGAGAGUCCCACAGUUUCGUACCGACGUUGACGAUAACGAGAUAGGAAAGAAAAGUCCUCGGAUCGAACCAUGCGGAUUUCAAAAUUUUCCAAAGAUCUCGAACCAAGCUGCCCGUCCGACGAUGAUGGAUACACCGGCGGUGAACGGAUUGGAAGCGCGAUGCUCCGAGAGUGAAAACGCUACUCAGGCGGCGGCUCCAGCCUAUUUCCCUCAACCGGAGGAUGCUUUACCGCGACAACCGGAAGGCCCAAUGGGAGCCAUAGGUCCAUGGGCAACCGGUCGGGUGACUUACAAUCGAACGAAUGGCAUGACCGGGAUCCGGCCUGUAGUUGAUCGCUACUCCAUCACGAAAUACAGUGCCUCUCAAUGGAGAGCUCACAAUCGAAAUUUUUUCGACCAGACGAAUGCGAGAAUCGCCACAGCCGAAGACAUGUCGAGAAAAUCAAAAUUCACCGAAAUAAAUGCUCAAAUUUACAAAGAAACGGAUUCUCAUCAAUUGGAAAAUCGUGAUCGUUUGAGCAAGCGUGCCGGCGUUGUUUAUGGAUGGAAAGCAGAACUUGAGCGAGCUUGGACCGAGAUGGUUGAGGAAAUCGAGCUUCUGGAGGGAGAACGUCGUCGAGUCAAACAGUCGCUCUCGGUUCUAACUAUUCCUGAAUCGAUAGCCGGUGAUUUGUUGCAAUUACGGACGUGCCGUAUGGAACCCGAUCUCGUAAGAGAUGCGGUCGAGGACGAGCUCGUCAAGGAGGUAGCUCUGUGUUCCGAGAUACGAAACACCCUCGUGGAUUUACGGGAGCGAAUCGAGACACAGCUCGUCGAGUUAAAAACCGCAAAGUCAAGAAUGGAAUUCGAUUUCACGGAUAAAAGGGACGCCUAUGAGACAGAGAGCUCUUGCAUUCAUUUGAACAACGAUUCACCUGUGAUUCUGAUUAGAGAGGGGGCGACGAGAAUUCCACCAGAGCAAACGACACCUGCCGGAUAUGAUCAUUUCACAAGAGAGAGCCUCGAAGCGGGUGAAGAUGCUAAACGAAAAUCGGUCGACCUCAGAUCGUCUUUGGACGUGGUUUAUUCCGAUGGGAUGAAGAAUCUUCGAUCCCAGGCCAUGGCCGUUGACAGAGCUCUGGCCGAAAAAAUUCACGUAACCGAAGAAUGUUGCCAACAACUCGAGACGACACUAGUCAGAUGCUUGGCACAAUUGUCCAGUACCGAAGCGGUUAUCGAGGAAUUGCGCGGAGCCGCUAAAAAAGUGAAGGAUGCUUUGAAAGUCGCUCAAACGCGUUUGGACUAUCGAUUACAGCGUCGGAACGUCGAGAGUUGUCGCGACGUUCCUCAAUACGGCCUGCUCGAAGAAGUAAGAGCGCUGAAUGAAAGUCUCGCAAAUAUGGAAGGACAGGUUCGAGAAGCGGAGGAGGCACAAGCGGGUUUGGUAAAAACGAGAAACGAUCUGGAGUACGAAAUAGUGGUGAAAAAAAAAUCGCUCUGGGUGGACAGAGAUCGGGGACAAUUGUUGCGCUCUUCUUACCCCUCGGCCGAAGAGCUUUCCGGCCACGCGUAAAAUCCCAACAAAAUCACGCGCGCGCUUCUUUCUCUUUUCACAGCCGGCGAAACCAUUUUACUUCAAAAUUAAUCCUUUUUUCUUUUCUUUUUUUUUUCGUAUUCUUUGUAUCACGUUCGUUGUUGUCCUUUUCCCAUCUUUUUUCUUUCGCAUUGUACUUUUUCAUAUAUAUACACUGCUCUUACACAAUUUUAAAUACGUUAUUUCGAGCUUUUCGCGUGAUAUGAAAUAUAUUUAUAUUAAAAUCCUUCAUUUCUGAUGAAUAAAACCAUGCAAUGUGCGCCCAACUCGAAUUACCGUUUUUUUUUUUCAUAGAAAAUUCAAAAUACGUUCGUCGAGAGGGUUGAAUUUAAAAUUUGAACGACGGAACAAGAUAAAUAAGUUUCACUCGCACCGGCGUUUGUCAU